AUGAAAAUACGACUCUCGCCCGCUUUAGCGACGCUCCUACUGCUGAGCUGUGGUACCAGAAUUGCCCAUGGCCAGGUUCAGGCUCCGGCACUGGCAGGGGUAGGAGCACCCAUAUCCCCGGCCGACCGAAUCUACUGCGGAGACCAGUCGUCCAACACCGUCACCGUCAUCUCGCCCUUCGACAACACGGUGCUGGGGACCAUCGCGCUGGGCUCGUCCCGCCUCCAGGAUGUCAUCGGGCCGCAGUACGUGCGGUCCACGAACAGCCACGGGCUGGGAUUCUCCAGGGACGGCAAAUACAUCGUGUCUCUGUCCGUCACGACCAACACGGUCACGGUCGUCAGGACCAUCGACAACAGCAUCGUCAGUCAGAUCUGGACGGACCGUGCCCCGCACGAAGCCUUCUUUGCCCCGGACAAUCGCACCAUCUGGGUGGGCACGCGAGGCACCAACCACGUCACCGUGGUCGACGGACUGGCGGGGACGAUCCUCGGGACCAUUCACACAGCAGAUGGACCGAGUAAAGUUGUCUUCAGUCCGGACGGCACCACCGCGUACGUCAACCACAUCCGUGACCCGAUCCUUUCGAUUGUCGAUGUUGCGUCGCGGACGACGGUGCAGAACAUCACAGGUUUGGCCGACGUCUUCUCCUCGGACAUGCAGAUCUCGGCGGACGGCGGCACGAUCUGGGCCAUGCACAAGAUGGCCGGGACGGCGACCGUCAUCGACCUGAACGCCCGAAGCGUGGUCACGGCGGUCACGAUCGGGGCGGAGGUGAAUCACGCCAACUUUGCGGUCCUCAACGGCACGACCCACGUCUUCACCACGGUGGGAGCCACCAACGAGACCAAGGUGUUCCGCCAGGACUCGCCCAGCAGCGCCCCGGUCUUCGUGACGUCGAUCCGGUCGUCAGGCAUUGAGCCCCACGGCCUUUGGGGGAGCCCGGACAACAAGUGGAUGUACACAGUCAACGAACACUCCGACACGGUGGACGUGAUCUCUCUCGAGACGAUGGAAAUCACCAACACCCUGAAUGUCGGUCAAGAGGGCCAGGCGCUGAUCUACGUGGCGAACGCGGUGCCCGAGGGCGACGGGACCGCCAAUCUCGGGAGACAGGGUCUCUCGACGACGCCGGCACUCAAUAAGAUCGUGGACGUCACCCCGAAGCAGCCCGAUUCGCAGUCACCCAUGAUGAUGAUGAACAUGAACAACAACAACAACACGGCGCCCCCCACCGCCCUCGUGACGAUCCGGAGCCUGGGCGGCCUGGACAUGGUGCAGGUGAUCGGGCGCGAACUCAAGUUCAACACCAGCUACACCAUGUCCGCGACGUGUCAGCAGUGCAACGGCGGCCAGGUGCCAUUGCUGUCCUUCAACGCGAGCAUGAAGAGCCCCGACGGCUGCGGCAGUGCGCCGCAAGUGCUCAGCUUCUUCAAGUGGUACGGUGUCUGGGACCUGGAGAGCAUUCAGAUCUCCGAAUCAUAG